GGUGGGCACGAUGCCAUUUUAUCCGAAGUGCUCGUCGUCCCGCUUAAACGCCACACCACUACCCCGCUGCUUCAGCUUGUUCAGCUCUUGAAAGACCCUUCUCAGCUCUAGCGAUGUCUUCUUACGCAAAUCCAAGCCCCUUCUUCUGCGGUAACCGGGCAUCAUCGUCUUCGCCUGCGACUGCGCGGCGAAGGUCUCAUUUGGCGUUUCGGCCAGUCCGGUGCGUGAUCACGACGGAGGAGAAGAGCGCACGGGUGGCGACUGUGAAGAACGGAAGUGAUUCUCUUGUGAUAUGCCGUAUUCUUAAUGGGAUGUGGCAGACCAGCGGCGGAUGGGGCAGGAUCGACCGUGACGAUGCCGUGGAGGCUAUGCUAAGCUACGCCGACGCUGGCCUCAACACCUUCGACAUGGCCGAUCACUAUGGGCCUGCAGAAGACUUGUAUGGCAUUUUCAUCAACAGAGUUCGUCGGGAACGCCCUCCAGAGUUCCUUGAAGAGAUUAGGGGCCUUACAAAAUGGGUGCCGCCUCCUGUUAAAAUGACAAGCGACUAUGUGAGGGAUAACAUCAAUAUUUCACGGAAAAGAAUGGAUGUUGCUUCAUUGGACAUGCUUCAGUUUCACUGGUGGGAUUACUCCAACACUGGAUACCUUGAUGCUCUUAAACACUUAGCCGAUCUAAAGGAGGAAGGUAAAAUAAAAACCUUGGCUUUAACAAAUUUUGAUACUGAGAGAUUGCACAUAAUACUGGAAAAUGGUAUCCCAGUAGUUAGCAAUCAGGUACAACAUUCUGUUAUUGACAUGCGACCUCAGCGAAAAAUGGCAGAACUUUGUGGACUCACGGGAGUUCAACUUAUAACGUAUGGAACUGUUAUGGGUGGGCUCCUGUCUGAGAAGUUCCUAGAUGUCAAUUUAUCAAUUCCUUUUGCAGGCCCUUCUUUAAAUACCCCAUCUCUGCAGAAGUAUAAAAGGAUGGUUGAUGCUUGGGGAAACUGGGGUCUCUUUCAAACUUUGCUUCAAACACUGAAGACCGUAGCUUCAAAGCAUGGGGUUUCUAUUCCUUCUGUAGCCGUCAGAUAUAUUUUGAAUCAGGCAUCAGUUGCUGGAUCAAUGGUUGGAGUUAGACUAGGUCUAUCAGAGCAUAUCAAAGACAUAAGUGCCGUAUUCUCCCUAGAUUUGGAUGAAGAAGACAUGAACAGUAUCACAGAGGUGUCAAUGAAAGGGAGAGAUCUUCUUAAAGUGAUUGGAGACUGCGGCGAUGAGUAUCGACGAGCAUAAACUGUUUCAGAGAAAUUUUUUAUUUAUGUUGUCCUCUGCAGUUGGAGAAAUCAAAAUGUCUGUGCUUUUAUAUAUAUAUAUGUAUAUACUCCUAGAAAAGUUAUUGGAUAUGCACGAAUAAUAUACUAUAAGUCCAUAUAUAUAUAUAUAUUACUCGUGCAUAUCCAAUAAAUUGUCUAGGAGUUACUAUUAUGGACUUAUAAUCUCGGCUUGUUAAUGUUCAAAAUGGUUUUAUUGUUAAUACAAAAAUCAUGUUCAAGUAUA